GAUUUAGGCAUUUUUGGCAGGAGAGGAGAGGAGAGGAGAGGAGAGAGAAGAAGAAGAAGACGAUCGGGGAUGGCGGAGCUGCUGAGCUUGGGCAUCUUGAUAGACAUCCUGGAUGACGAGUGGAUGAGAGACACCCUCCCCCACGACGAUGUCCCGCUGCCCACCGCCAUGGCCACCAGACCCGAAGAUACCGAGGAAGCAAAUCAGGAAAGCCAACCAGUAGAUGGUGAUGCAUGGCGUGAUCUUGCAUUAGAGAACCAAUGAUCUUCCAAUGUUAUAGGGUAUCUAUUGUAUUCCAUGGCUGGAGAAGUCUAUGAGAUCAUAUUCAUUAUUUGCUGGUCUUGUAUUUCAACCGCUGACUUUCGGGCAACUGCUGGACUCUUUGAAUAUUUGGAAAAUCAAACUGGUCCUUCUUUUACUGAAGCUUAAUUAAAAAUUUUAUCAAUCAAGUUAAAUGUUAUUUUGGCUCAAUAUCAAAAUUUAGGAAAUCCAACUUGGUUGUUUAUGUGAGAUGGUAUCAUAUGGUUUGUGACCUAAUAAAUGACCUCCAUGAUACAGGCACAGAUAGAAGUUUUUUAUCAUUCCUUCUUCUAA